AUGAGAUGUGUGUGGAGAAAUUUUGAACGUUCCAGAGAGGGGGUUCAGGACUGGACGAGACGAUUCCCUGAGUUGUUCCGUAUCAGAUGUCGAGGUCGCUGGAAGCCCAAUCCACAGUCUGUCCACGCCCAUGACUUUUCGAACAAAAGAUGUCGAGAUUGCCGGAAGUCCAUCGUCCAGUCUGUCAUGCCCCAGGCCUCUCGAGAUAGUGAGCAGCUGAAAUGUGGCUAUCGAGUGACUUUUGAGAACAUUGUUCGUCAUGUGGAUGCAGAUCUAUCAGGCAUCGAGAAAUUAUCCGAUCUUGCAGCAGAAUUGACAGGGGAGACGUUGACUUUCAGUAGUCCCAUUCCUUCCCCAGAGAUGGGAUUCAUGGACUUGGAGGAAUCGCGAGCAUUGCAUACCCUUAGUGAUGGCUUCGACUCCUCCUUUCAC